GUUAAAUUAAAUAUUCUCCUAAUGGAGCGAAAAAGCUUGCAGCGCUACCGCAGUCGAUCAUCGUGAGGGGAAGUGUAGUUUCCGGAAGCGGGUCGGAGCGAUCGCUGAGGCAACAAUGCUCUCCUGCCUCGACUUCUCUCUUCGAAUCCCGUCUCUGCGACCGCGCGAGGCCGUCGCCAGCGGCCUUUCUCGCAAUGGGGUCCGGCAUCGGCGAUCUUCCUCGCUCUCGACUAGCCAAAAUGGAACCGCUUGCACCAAGAAAUUCCUUCAUGUAGUCUACCAUGGACCGUUUGUGUAUCUACUUCCAAUUGGCCGAACACAUGGAAGACCUUCCAGAGAAGUUGGAAGAAGCAAUAGUACUGAGGGGCAAGAGGAUAUUGAUGCCAAUUACGAGGAUACCAUUCAUGAACCACCUGUGUCUGUCAUGAAACGGAGCAAUAGUAAUUUGUCAAUGGAGAGGGAUCUGAUUGUUGAGAGGAGAGAGGACUUGACAUCCAUGAAGGAUAUUAUUACAAAGGAAAACGAAUCCACUGUUGGCAAUCAGAAUCCUGGAUCUCUCUCAAACCCUGACACUGCUAACAGUGUUGCUCAAAAAACUGAAGUUGGCGUAGUUGAUGAUGACCAACUGAAAAAUGCACAGGAAGUUGAACAAUCCAAGGAACAUGCUCUUGGACUACUAAAAGAAACCAACUUGGAUUAUAGGAUAACUGCAGAAGAACAUGAACUAGAGUCCUACAACCAAAGUCAGAAUUUUCUCUUGAACUUUGAUACUGGGAAAAAUGGUCAACUUGAUAGCACACAUAGUUUGACUUCGUCUGACAGCUUUGGUCAGUCAACUGAAACCGUCACAAUCAACAAUGACAAGGGUCUUACAAAUAGCUUAGAAGAUGACCAUCUUGCGCAACUAAAACAGAAGAGCUUGGAGCCAUAUACCUUAGAAGAGGAACUAGACUCUCAUGAUCAGAGUAAGUUUAUUCCGUUCCUUGUUAUGGGCGACACUAGAGAACUAUCUAGAAAAAGUGCUUCUUGGACAUCCUCUGACAACUAUGCUCUGUCAACUCAUGCUGAUGUUGAUGAUGGUGAAAAGCUCAUGAAAGGCUUAGAAGCUGAAAAGUCCACGGCAGAAGUUGUUGGAGAACAAAAACAAAGAAACGUGGAACAAUUUAUUAUUUCAGAAAAAAAUGAACCAGUUUCUUACAAUCAGAGUCAAGAUUCUAUGCCAAAACAUGAUAUGGAUAUUGAUGGAGGGCUUGAAAAGCCACAUGAUUUUUUGUUUUCCUCUGAAAGUUUUGCUCAAUCUACUGAAGCUAGUAUAGAUGAUGAUCUUAUUCAAAUGAAGCAAGCUGAUUAUCAGCAAUCUCAGUAUCAAACUACACUUCCAUUUCCUUCUGACAUGUCUAGUUCUGAUGUAAUAGAUGAGAACGUUCAUAUCACUGCAAAAUUCAAUAUUCAUGAUUCAGAUAAGCAACAACAGGUGCUACCUGAGGUAGGAAACUUGAGCCACCCUCCUUUAGCUGGCACAAGUGUCGCAAAUGUCAUAUUUCCACCUGAGCAACAUAUUACCACAGAACAAGAUGAACCAGUUUCCUACAACCAGGGUCAAGAUUCUUUGACAAAACUUGGUAUGGAUAAUGAAGAGACUGAAACAACAUAUGACCUUUUGUCUUACUCUAGUUCUGCUCAGUCAUCUAAAGCUGGUGUAGGUGAUCAUGAUGAACUCACAAAUGACUUCGUUAUUGGAAAAUUCAUGGAAGAUGCUCAUGGACAGCUAAAUCAAACUGAUCAUCUGCAAUCUCAACCGCACAUUAUGCUUCCAGUUCUACCUGGCAUGCAUAAUUCUGUUCUUAUGAUAGAUAAUAACCUUGACACAAAAACCAAUAUGGAUGGUUCUGAUGGACAACAAGAGGUUCCAUCCGAAGAAGGGAACAUAAGCUCCUCUCCUUUGACUAGCUCAAGUGUAAUGGACAUCGUAGGGCUGCCUGAGCAAUAUAUGAUUCCAGAAGAAGCUGCAGCAGUUUCUUACAGUGAGAGUCAAGAUUCUCAGUCAAAACUUGAUACGGAUAUCUAUGAGCUUGAAAGGUCACAUGACUUUUCUUCUUCCUUUGACAAUUUUGUUCAGUCAAAUGAAGUUGGUGUCAGUGAUGAUGAUGAACCCAGAAAUCACUUAGAAAUUGAGAAUUCCACAUCACAUGAUCUUCAACAACUUCAAGAAACCAAUGUCGAGCAAUCCCAGCCUCAAAUUAUACUUCCAGCCCUCCCUGAUCCAUUCAUUUCUGAUGCUGUGGUAGAUUACAAUCUUGAGUUCACUGGAGAAACAGAUCUCCCGAUUUCAGAUGAGCAACAAGAUGUACCACCUGAGGAAGGAAACUUAGACUCUCUUCCUUUGGCUGGCCCAAAUGUCAUGAAUGUCAUAGUGGUUGCAGCAGAAUGUACUCCAUGGUCUAAAACAGGUGGGCUUGGAGAUGUUGUUGGAGAUUUACCUAAGGCAUUGGCCAGGAGGGGACACCGAGUAAUGGUAGUGGUUCCAAAGUAUGGCAAUUAUUCUGAACUCAAAGAAUUAGGUGUCCUGAGAAGGUAUAAGGCUGACGGACAGGAUCUGGAAGUUACUUAUCAUCAUGCCUACAUUGACUUUGUUGAUUUCGUCUUUAUUGAUAGCCCUGUUUUCCGCCACAUUGGAAAUGAUAUUUAUGGAGGACACUGGCAGGAUAUACUGAAAAGGAUGAUUUUGUUCUGCAAGGCGGCAGUUGAGGUUCCCUGGUAUGUUCCAUGUGGUGGCUCCUGCUAUGGAGAUGGGAACUUAGUUUUCAUCGCCAAUGACUGGCAUACAGCCCUGCUUCCUGUUUAUCUGAAAGCAUAUUAUCGUAACAACGGAUUGAUGAUAUACACCAGAUGUGUUUUGGUGAUUCACAACAUAGCCCACCAGGGUCGUUGUCCACUAGACGACUUCGCCCGUCUAGAUUUGCCAGGACACUACAUGGACCUCUUCGAACUCUAUGACCCUGUCGGAGGAGAACAUCUUAAUAUCUUUGCUGCUGGUCUGAAAUGUGCUGACCAGGUGGUCACUGUUAGCCAUGGUUACUCUUGGGAGCUAAAAACAUCUGAAGGUGGAUGGGGCUUACACGGGAUCAUUAACGAGAUCGGCUGGAAAUUCAGGGGCAUUGUCAACGGGAUCAACACCCAAACUUGGAAUCCUAACUUUGAUGUGUUCCUAACAUCAGAUGGUUAUACCAACUAUAAUUUGGAAACUCUUCGAGUUGGAAAGCCACAGUGCAAGGCCGCUCUACAACGCGAGCUUGGUCUUCCAGUGCGGGAUGAUGCUCCUAUCUUUGCUUUCAUUGGGAGGUUAGAUGGUCAAAAAGGCAUCGAUCUGAUAGAAGACGCCAUGCCAUGGCUCGUCGGUCAGGAUUUACAGUUAGUCAUGCUAGGCACUGGAAGAAGAGAUCUGGAAGAUAUGCUUCGAAGGUUCCAAGCUCAGUACCCCAACAAAGUCAGGGGGUGGGUUGGGUUUUCCGAUAAGAUGGCACACCGAAUCACCGCCGGUGCAGACGUGCUGCUGAUGCCAUCAAAAUUUGAGCCUUGUGGCCUGAACCAACUUUAUGCAAUGAUGUAUGGAACUGUCCCGGUGGUGCAUGCCGUUGGCGGUCUUAGAGAUACAGUAAAGCAGUUCGAUCCAUUCCGUGAUACAGGGCUGGGUUGGACGUUUGAGAAGGCGGAGGCAAACAGGAUGAUAGAUGCGAUAGCACAUUGUUUGAACACAUAUCGAAACUACAAGGAGUGUUGGAAGGAGCUGCAGAUGAGAGGGAUGGUGCAAGACUUUACUUGGGAUAAUGCUGCUCAGCUUUAUGAACAAGUCCUGGUUGCUGCUAAGUACCAAUGGUAAUCACCUUCGCAUUACAAGUUUUUUUUUUACUAGCAGAUGACUUUGAUGAUUCUAAGAUAAAUAUAAAAACUUGUCCAGCCAUGUAUUUUACGGGGUUGUAACUUGCAAUUUAGAUGCUAUUUCCGUUGCCUAUCUCAGAACUUGUGUGAAAUUUUUUUAGCAUUUUGGUGAGGAACAUGUUUGAUCUCUUUGCUAAUGUCAUCCCAAAUGUAUACUACUUAGUCUAAUAAGAAAAUUCUCUACGGCAAGCCGGGGCCUUCACUCUCCUACAGCAAGUGCAUGUGGCAAGUAACCCAAUCCCUGAAAGGCUCGUCCA